CAUGAUCUCUUUUUUAUUUAUCCUGAUAUAUAUAACAGAAAACAGAACGUGCCUAGGUAUUGUUCUUUAUUUGGUGUCAUAAAAUACGCGUCCACGAAAAGGCAUGGCACCGCUUAGAUUAGGCAUAGUCAUGAUGCUUGUUGUCUCAGCCACUGCUGAAGCACACUUGUUCAAGUACAAGGAAUUACGUGAGGGUUGCAACAACACUGACCUCAAAAGGUUUUGGAACACGACAGAAUCUAUAUGGACUCACACUACAGCGAAAGCUCCUGGAAGUGACUUUUCCUGCCUCGUGGACAUGAAGAUCAAUGAAAAUGGUUCCUACAUGAUAUUCAACAGGUCGUUUUAUAGUGCCAACACAACGGUGAAAAAUACCCUCCUUCUGAAAGGCCUCGUUUCUCCAGGAAACACUUUCGACCAACCAGGCAUGCUUCUCUACCAUACAAAUGGUACAACGUAUGCCGUAGAGAACUUGCUGUACGAAAGUCCAGACGGACAGUGCGGUGUCGUCAAGUUUUCAAAGUACCCGAGCGAGUUGAGGUUUGACCUCCGAGUGAAGAACUCUUCAAUAGCAAAGCCACUUGAUGCAGGGUGUUCCACGUUUUUCUCAGAAACAUAUAAAUACCACCAAAGACGACAUCACAUAAGGAGCCUGACAGUGUAUAAUUUGUCAUGCCAGGAAAUACUCCAGCCGACGAAAAGUGGAUGUUAGGGUGGUAAUUUCUUACAAGUUUACGUUUUUUUAUAUAGCUACGCUGAAGAACUGGAUCGCAAUAAAUCAGUUUGUAGUGAUUGGUCACUGUUACA